AUGGAUUCUCCCGUGGACAAACCUGAAGCACUACUCCACAAUCGAAACAACCAGGAAACAUGUAAGCAAAUGCAGACUGGUGGUUCGAUCACAACACCGAUUGACUUGAUCUCGCCUCCAAGCACCAAUGCCGUCAAGGACGGGACAACUGUCAAUGAUAUUGACACUCCUGCCUUCUAUGCUGAUCAAGCACCUAAUCAGACUACAAGUAACCUGACGGCAACCGAUUCCUUCAACGACGACGGACGAACAACUCAAAUUGCUACUAAUGAUGGGCUCUCCCCCAAACGAGAGGAUUGCUCUUUACCGGUCAUGUGUCCAACAUGCAACGUCGUUGUCAUUCCACGAAUGUUCUCCCUCAGCGAUUCCACAGCUCGAGUUCCUCGCAAAAACUAUCCUACAACAAUUCAUCAUUGUGACUUCUGCAAGCAAUCAAUUCCACUACAAGGUCCACUAGCAAUGAUACACGUUCGGAAUCACCGCUCACAAUGCUCCUAUCAAACUCCUCACCAAGUACUGAUUCAAACUCGAUAG